AUGGAUGUUGUCAGUGAAAUUUCAAAACCAUCAAGAAGUGUAGCAUUUGUAUCUGGAGAUGAAGUGGAAAAAUUCCAAGAGAUCAAGGACAGUAUGGCAUUGAUGGCAAAAAGUUUUGGGAAGGCUCUGAAGUGGAAACUCAAGUUUCAGUGCUAUGAAUGCAAUGGCUAUGGUCAUUUAAAGUCAGAAUGUCCUAUUACUAAAAGAAAAGAGCUAAAGUGUCAUGAGUGCAGAGGCAUCAGACAUACCAGAGCAGAAUGUCCAAAUCUGCAGAAGAACAAGGAGAAAUCAUUCAUAAGUGUCAGUUACACUGAAUCUGAAGAGGACAAAGAGGGUGAGGAUUUUCUGAAUUUUUUAGCAUUCCUGGGUGAUGGAGCAAAAGAGACCGGAGAAGCUAACUCAGACAUAGAUGAUGAAAAUGACUCGGAACUUGAUCCUAAGAUGGAAUUCAGAAAACUUUAUGAUAGCUGGAUUGUUCUGAGCAAUGAGAAACUCCAACUUACUAAAGACAAGCUGAUGUUGGAGGCAAAUGUGAACAUUCUUGAGAUUGAACUGGAGCAAGACACUGGAAAAAGAGCUCAGAAGUCUCAACAAACACAGGACUUAGAGGCCAAAGUAAAACUACUGCAGGAAAAUCUGAGUCAAGCUUUAGACAAAAACAAAGCCCUUGAGCAAGAAGUGAAUGACGACUACAGGAAAGUUAGGAUGUUGAACAAAGGAACAAAGAGACUUGAUCAGAUGUUUGCUAGUGGUCGAACUGAGAAACAGUUUCUUUACGGUGCAGUUGGAGUGAAAGAGCAAAUCACAAACAGUUUCUUUACGGAACCUGAGCUGAUAUGCUCUCUGGCUAUGUGGGAUACAGUGGAAGCUUCUAAGACUAGUGUUGUUGCCUUUACAACAACUGAAGGCAAGAUUCAAGGAAAAGGAAGCCUAGAUAAUCUUAACCAACCUAGACUGAUCAACGUCUACUAUGUAGAAGGUCUCAAGGCCAAUCUUAUCAGCGGUGUGGUGAUCUUACAUGGGACAAGAGCGCAUAACAACUCUUAUAUGUGGAAAGAUUCUGAUGUAUGUCUGUCAGCUGUGACUUCUGAAUUGGACCUUUGGCACAAGAGGUUAGGACACAUGAACAUCGAGAGUUUAGCAAGGUUAGUAAGUGCUAAAUCCGUAAGAGAAUUUCCUAGAUUGGAAAGCAAGACUCAGAUGGUUUGCGGAGCUUGUGCUAAAGGCAAACAGAUUAGAGUUCAACAUAAGAAGGUAGCUGAUGUAGGAACAAAAAGAAUAUUGGAACUUGUGCAUAUGGAUCUUAUCGGUCCAGUUCAGACUGAGAGCAUUGCAGGAAGACGCUACAUUUUUGUGUUGGUUGAUGAUUUUUCAAGGUUCACUUGGGACACUUGCAUAGAUCUGACUGAACUAGAUGUUGAUGAGGAGAUUUUCUUAAUUGACCCUCAGAACAGGCAAGUUGAAGAUCUCCCCGAUGAUACAGAAGAAGAAAGUGAUGAGUUUUAUGAAACCGAGGACGAUGAUGAAGAUUUGGCGGAAGACGACACUGAUGGUGACGAAGAACUAGAAAAAGAUGAAUCUGAUUGA